AAAGAUUGUCCAGUCCUCAGCUCUGUCUUGCCAGUUGACGAGGGGGAAAAAAGGGGAUUACCCAGGCCCAUGCUAAUCUUCAAGUCCACCAACAGGCCACACCCACCUCCACCCCUGCGCCUCGCCAGCCCCCGACUUCCCAGGGGAAGCAGUUAUUUAAGAGCAGCUGUUCAGGAAGAACAAGAGGGUCAUUUGGAGCUAUCAGUUCCAGCAUCUUCUGAGAGGACUGUGAGCUGGGCAGAAUAGGAGCCAAGGCAGGAGCCAGGGCCACCUAGGAGAGGAGCCCAGACCUAUCCAGCUGCCCUCGUCCUGCACAGAACUCUCAGCAUGCGGACGCUCCUGCUACUGGCAGUGAUCAUGGUCUUUGGCCUAAUGUGGGCCCAGGGGGAUCUUGUGAAUUUCCAUACCAUGAUCUCCUUGGUGACAAGAAAGAAUGCCGCAUCCAGUUAUGGCUUCUACGGUUGCCACUGCGGCCUGCGUGGCAAAGGAGCCCCCAGGGAUGCAACGGAUCGGUGCUGUGCCGCCCACGAUUGCUGCUACUAUCGUCUGGAGAAGCGUGGAUGUGGCACAAAACUUCUGAAAUACAAUUUUAAAUACCGAGGAGGCAAAGUCGUCUGUGAAGCGAACCAGGGCUCCUGUCGGAGGCAGCUGUGUGAAUGUGAUAAAACUGCUGCCUACUGUUUUGCUAAAAACCGGAAAUCCUACAAUAGGAAGUACCAGUUCUAUCCCAAUGCGCUGUGCGGUGGGAAAGGGCCCCGAUGCUGAGGCCCCUCUUCCUCCAAGCCUUGCCACCCAGUGCUGCGUCCCUUCUCAAACACCUUCUCUCCCAGCCCCCACCAGCUCCCUGCAAUCAAGAGAACAGUCCCGGCCCAUCCUAGAGGCAAGCGAGGAGCCCUUCUGUCCCCAUCCAGAACAAGAAGACCAAACCCUCUGCCAGGCACCUCUGCCAGGCCUCUUCCCCAGGCUACCUGCACAGCUGAUGUCCCCACUCCCGCCCUUCCCUGCUUAGCUGUAGCGGCUACACUCCUGGGGGUCUUUUUUGAAUAAACCAAUUUGUC